CCAUAUUUAUAAGCUGCCCAUGCACAUGACUCAAAUAGAAGAUUGAGCUCGAGGAACGUAGACGUCAAAACAAGGAAUUGGAUCAGCAUGGGCAUUUUUGGAAGCAAACCAGACACCCAUCAGUGGAACAGGAAUACAAGGAUUAGCUGGGACGAAACGGGAGCUGCAGCUUUGCUGGGAGAAAUAAAGGACAUGAUACGUCCAUUUAAAGAGAGACAUCACGCCCUGAAUAUUCUGGUCUUUGGACCAACAGGAUGCGGCAAAUCGUCGCUAUUAAAUGGUUUGAGAACGUCUUGUCAAAGGAAGACAACCGUCGCCACGUACUUUCCAGUGGGAACAAGUCAAGACGUCAGUUUUACCAGGGAUUUUCAGUGUUCAACGUGGGAAGACUGUGUUACUCUGUUUGACAUGGCUGGCGUGUUUGAAUCGCCCAAAAUCAAAAGUGAAGACAUAUUGAAUAUUGUCCAAGGAAAGGUCCCUUUCACUGGAGAGAUUAACGAUUUCUUGGAACCUAAAACCCUCGAAAGUGCCGAAAACAGAAAACAUAUUUCAUGUGUGGUUCUAGUUUUGAAGCCAGGAAUGGAACUUCCAGUAAACCUAAAGAGAAUCUGCAGCGUUGUAAGAUCAUCUGCUGGUAAAGGAGAAAUAGCGUGCCAUUUGGUGAUCACCCACCUGGAUGAAGUAGAUGAUUGCUUCAAAACCCCUCGAAAUUUGAAUCGAGUGUUUGAUGAAAUGCCGAAAAUACAGAAUUCUGUCAAGCAGAUGUCUUCUGAAAUAGGAAUCCCACCGUAUUCCAUCAGCUUUGUCCGAAACUACAGCCAUGAAUCACAAAGCGACGUCAUGUCCACUGUAUUAUUCCUUCACACCUUCAAACAGAUCCUCAAUGCUGCGUGUGAACAGGAAGAAAAAAGGACAGAAAGGGCAGCCAAUGCCGAAUAGUCCUUUUCUUACCUCGGUUGCAUUGCUUCUCCUUUAAGUUGCUUCCAUGAUAUAUGUAGCCCUGCUCAAAUUGUUCAGAUUAUUAUAAGGUCUCCAAGCUUAUUUGUUCAGAAACCUGUUCAGGCUGAAGCUGAUACCUAACUUUAUGUGAAUGCUGCAGAUUCCUGUAUAAAGUAACUGUGAUAUAGCAAGAUGAUGUACACAAUUGAACAGAACAGUACAGAAUAUAAUUAUAAAUAAUUUUGAAUAGUCUGGCCAUGAGGCCAAUUGUACAGAUUGUUGGAUAAUAUUUGACAUAUUGUGACAGAGCGCUUCAAUUAAUAUUGGCUUUGGAACUUCUAAGUUUAAACAUUUUAUCUAAAUAAAAAGCUUGCUGAAAUAAAA